CCGUUAGAGCAGGUUCAGCGUACGAGCACGUUGGUUGUACCGUGUCGCGCGCGCCCUAGACGAGAUUACUCGCGCCAUCCGCUUGCGCGCAUCAGCUGCGCAAUCACACAUUAUCAUCCGGCAUCGGUCCGGCUUGGGCUGGACCGGGUUCUUCCGGCAACAUUGUGCUCCGGAGUACGCUUGAGAAACCAAGUUUACCAACACCGAGUCAUGCCCCCCGGGCACUGAGACUGUUUCCGAUAUCGAUAACGAUCGUACACAAAGCUACCACACCGGGAGGACGUACUGCGUGACUCCGAGUGUAAACGUGUUGGGUUGUGUGUUAGCGUCUAUGUGGUUCCAAAAUACGUCACCUUUUCUUUAAUGGUGUGAGUCACAACCCCCCCACCGUCCCUAUCUGCUGUGCUGUGUGUGAAGAUAUCUAAGGUAUUAGCUGCGAUAAAACGGUGUCCACGCGUCUCCAAAGUUUACACAAACUGCGGAUUGAGGGACACGGUUCGACGGUGUGUGAGUGUGCGUAAGUGUGGAAAGGUGCAAAGGUGGAUUAGUAGUGCGACGAGCAUGAGAAGCGAUAUGCAAAGGCCACCCCGUCUAGACGAUGGUCGCAGUAGCGACGAAGACACGCCACUGUUGGCAGCACCAAGGUACAGCUCCAUGGCCGUCUCAGCAGUAGCAGAUGCCGCAGCAGCAUCAUCACCACCACCUCCCCCACCGCCAUCGGCAUCAUCCUGCUCGUCCGAUGGCGGGAAAGUGUCCACCAGCGUGACCGAUCGGCUCUGCACCUUCGAACCGAUACUGGUGCUGCUCUGCUUCGGACUCAGUGUAUCAGGGGUGGUGCUGGCCGAUCAAAUUAUCUAUCAAUCGUGCGUCGUAACGCUCGGCUAUGAUCGAGCGCUCUGCGCCCAGCUCGGCACCAGAAGCAACUCCUCCGAUGUGGCGCAGCUGGAAACGAUCGUGCAACCGUACGCGGCCAAGAUCACGAUGGUGAACACGAUCCUGAUGUCGGUGCUGCCCGCCCUGUGCGCCCUGUUCAUGGGCCCCUGGUCGGACAAGUAUGGGCGCAAGCCGGCCAUGAUUGUGCCGGCGGUCGGAUUCAUCACAACGUACGUCAUGAUCGGCAUACUGUCCCUGCUGUCCAAGCGCUUCCUGGUGGAUCCGUGGUGCUAUGUGGUUGCGCACAUACCGGCCGCUAUCCUGGGAGGUAGUACCGUACUGAUGGCAGCCAUCUUUAGCUAUCUGACCGAUACGACGAGCGAGGCGAACCGUACGGUACGGAUCGGUAUACUGCAGGCCUGCACGAUGCUCGGUGCGUUCGUGGGGCUGCUGUCGAGCAGCUUCAUCUUGCAGUGGACGAACGUACCGACCAUGUUCUUCCUAUCGGCGGGCACGGUGUCCGCCAGCUGUGCCUUUCUGUACUUCUGCCUGGAGGAUAGCAUCAAACCGGACGCGAGCAUGGUGCACCGGCAGGUCCGGGAAAUCUUCCGCCUUAGCCAUCUGGCCGAACUGCUGACCACGUUCUUCAAGAAGCGCUCCUUCUACGACCGGGGCAUCGUGUGGCUAACGAUAUCGAUCGGUAUCGUAACCGUGCUCGGCGCCGGCGGUGGGACAGUGUUUUUCCUCUACACCCGGCGCCAGUUCGGGUGGACGAUACAGGAGUUUACCAUCUGGCAGGCGGUGGAGUUGCUCUCGAUCGUGGCCGGGAACGUGAUCGGCAUAUCGGUGCUGAAAACGCUGCUCAAGCUUCCGGACAUCUGGUUGGCGCUGCUGUCCGUGCUGAACUAUGCGCUCGACGCACUCAUCAAAGGGCUGGCACGGCAGGGCUGGGAACUGUUCCUGGCGACCGGUAUCACACCGCUGAAGGCUACCGAAGGGGCGGCACUGAUGGCGAUCUGUUCGGCCAUCAUACCGUCCAGUGAAAUUGCAAAGUUUUACUCGAUAGCGAUGGCCAUGACGAACACCGUCUCGCUUGCGUCGGCUCCACUGUUCACGUACAUCUACAACUCGACGGUGGCGACGUCCCCGCAAGUGUUUAACUUUGUGUCUUCGGGAAUAUUUUCCCUCAACGUCGUGCUGGUUGGGGUGAUUGCGGUGCUGCUGCGUAAGCGAAGGAAAGCCCAGGCUGAUCCACUGUUUACGCAAGAUAGCGAAAUCUUAACGUGAGAAACCCAUGUGCCCGCAGCGUUCCUAGUCAUCGUGCUAAUAAAUAAUACCGCUACUGUACGUUGUGCUUUAGUGGUGUAGCUUGUGUAAGUAUUAAGAAAUGUUGAAUUGAGAGCGGCGCCGCUAAUGGCAUUUGGAGUGAUAAUGUGCCUUCUGAGGUUGGUUUUGUAAUUUUUAUAGUUUGUACAUUAAAGAUUGGUAUUUUUAAGCAAUUUAUAAAACAUACAGAGAGAGUGUUUAUUUUAUAAUAAAGAGGAAAACAUGUAUACACUCAACCAAA